AUGGCCAAAUAUGAGCAGCAUAAAACUAACAGACACUUGUAUGAAGCUCUGAUGGGAGGAGACGGGAAGAAGGUAAUUGAACUCUGUAAACAAAUUCCAGAAGGCCCAUUACACAUACUAACCAUACACAAUGACACUGUCCUACAUAUGGCUAUUUACUCCAAACAAAAACAGUUAGUGCGUGAUUUACUUGAAGAAUUGCACAAUAGAGAUAUCCAAAACAUGACUUUACAAAAUGAUAUCGGAAACACAGUACUCCACGAGGCGGCCACUUCUAACAGAAUAGUCCUAGCCGCGAAGGAAAUGUUACAGAAAGCACCGAAGCUGUUGAGUAUGCACAACAGGCGGGGAGAGACUGCUCUCUUCCGUGCAGCACGCUAUGGAAAGUUGGAAAUGUUCAAGUUUCUUGACGGUGAAGUGAAGAGAAUCUUUGGAAGUGAAGGAGAAGAAGAAGUUGAAGAAGAAGGACGCAAAGUGUUUUAUGAAAGGGACGAUAAAACCACCAUACUUCACAUUUCCAUCCUCACUGAGCACUUUGGUAAGUACUCAUCAGGGAAUUGCUUCAGCAUCAGAAAUUCUUUGGUUGUCUGA